CGCCCAAGAUUUCUGUCAUUGUCGGCAACGAGUGGGUAUAAUAUAAAAUCUGGUGUACAGUCUCGAAAAACAUACAUCCCAUCGCCUUCACCCAGAUGCAAUUCAAAGUACUCGCCGUCGUCGCCGCCCUCGUGGCUUCCGCUGCCGCUCAGGCUGGCUGUGUCUCUGUCCCCGCUGGGUCUGCGUGUCCCACCGGCACCGUCGGAUGUGGCCCGCACACCAAUCAGCCCACUGACGUUCUGUGCUGCCCGAGGUUUUGCCCGUUGUAGAUGUAUCGUGUAACAUGUCUGAGCUUACCUGCCAAAUCAUGCUGCAUAUAACCAGGGGUGGGGUGUGCCACGACAUGCGGCCCUGACUCGCCUUCUGUCGACUAGUAAGCCUAAUGAGAGAUCGCACGCUGGGGGAAUUCGAGGCAACCGCAAUAUAGCCCUCUCGCGAUGUUGCUCGCAGUCUGCAGAGUUGGCGCUUGAGCGCUAAGAGCCCAGUGUCCGUCAAAGUAGACGAAGAAAGGACGCAGAGCCACAAGCGUAACGCCUUGAGGAGAGGAUCUCAUCGAGUGCGAAGAUAAGAUCGUCAGGUGCAUUGCAGCAGUGGGAGCUUCGCGUAGAAGGAAGAAACAGCUGAUGGAGAAUUGCAAGGUAUAGUGAGCAGCAGCCGAU